AUCUCUGUCUUUCCCAUUUUACCCACAGCCGUAUCAGACCCACCCACCAACGUCUUGGUCCAGUUCACCGGUCCAAACUCCUUCAUCGUAUCCUGGGAACCUCCUGACCACCCUGUGAUCGGAUACAACCUGGCAUACAGCGGGGGCAACCUUCAAGUCGAUGGGGACGCAACGUACGUUGAGGUGGUCAGCAACAGCCCGAUCAACCCCAGGCAGUUCUCAAUGGGGCUAUACUCACGGACAUCGGCGGGGUACAGCAGAAAUGCGGAAACCUUUACCAUUUUAAAUCCUGCGGACGCACCCUCCGUCGCGCGGCCACCAACCAAUGUCCUAGUACAGUUCCAAAGCCCCCAUAACUUCACCGUAGCAUGGGACCCACCGGAGGAGCCCGUGGACGGGUACUUGAUGACCUACAGCGGCGGGAAGAGAGUCCAUAUUGACGGCGGCGUGACCAGCGUUGUGGUGGUCAGCAAGGACGUGAUAAACACCAAGGGAUUCUCAAUUGGGAUGUAUUCGUACACGGCGGUUGGGUACAGCAGUAAUGCGCAUGGUUUCAUUAACUUGGAUGAAGGAAGUCCACAUCUUCCGCCCAAACCAAGCGGGACAAGAAAGCUGGUUGUUCCGGACUCCUUGCAGCUGGACUGGACGGUACCGGACGGGGAGUUCGAGCACUACCGUCUGAUCUACUCUACGGACGGCACGAAGGAGAAGGAAACCACGGUCGAGUUGUCUCCCGAGACGACCUCGUACCUCAUCGAGGGAUUGACCGGGCAGUUUUACACGAAUCUCUACACCAUAAGAAAUGGCAUCAAGAGUGAUCUUGGGGAGUGGAGGGAAAACACAGACAAAGUACCUCUACCACCGAAGGAUAUAUAUCUUCAGCGAACGAGCGAUGUUGCCUUUACACUCGCCUGGACCAAACCUAAUGACACCAUAGAUGGCUACGUGAUUCUCUACAGCCCGGAUGAAGUGACGCAGGAGAAGAAGAUGAUACUGAAUAACUCCAUGUCCAACAUCCACAUAGAGUGUGACUCAGUUAUUACGGAUCAGUUCCGGAUCGGACUGCUGUCCGUCAGGGGGUCAAUGCACAGUGAAUCAGCAGAGGUACAUCCACUCCUACCUGGAAGCAAGUUGUUGCCUCCCAUUCCAGUCGUCACUCAACGUCUCCUAACACCAUCCUCAUCCCGUCUUGAGCUGAGCACACCAACCGACAGUACUGAAUUCGACAAAUACCAAAUACGUAUCAACAAAACCGACGGGUCAUUAUCAGUCUCCCUUGAUGGGAGCGCAUCUGCAUAUGUUGUAGAUGGAAUAGUGGCUGGUAAAGAGACUAUGGCAGCAGUGAGGACGGUUAGGAAUGGCAUAAGAAGUGACCCUACGUAUGUUGUCAUCCCUGACCCAAAAUUUCAAAAGCCGAGUUCUCCCACGCAUGUAACGAGGCACAACCUGAAUCGCUCCACCAUCGUACUCAACUGGGACCCACCCCCUCCUCCCUUUGACCGAUACUAUCUAGACAUCAAAAGAGACAACGCCCGAUCGGCGUCCAACCAAAAACAGAGGUCGGUGACCCUGGGAAAGAACGCAACGAGUUACAUCUUCACUCAAACCAGACGUAGGGAGCGAUACGUGUUCACACUUUACGCGGUGUUGGGCGACUUCGACGCGUUCGGGACGGGGGUGAAAGCCGUCUCGGUCCCUGCGGCUACUACAAGGUCAAAGGUCACCCUAGCUGCAGUAACACAGCAUGCCCUCCAGGUCACUUGGCAGCCCGUUGUGGGUUCCAGCUCCUACAGUCUUACUGUCGUCAGCAAGCUCGGAGAGGCCCGCACUGUCGAGUUGCCGGCCUCGGAGAAUGCAGCGGUGGACCAUGUCUUUCUCGGACUGGAAGAAGGGAUGGACUAUUAUGUUAUACUGGAUGCAGUUAUUGAGGAGAAGAAGAAAUCGGCUGGCUGGGUCAUAGGUCAAACUGCUUCCGGGGGAAACGUUGUGGUCCGCGGUCAUCCUCCAACGACCCUGGAGGUGACCUGGCCAGAUUACCAAUCAUCAUACCUUGUGUCUGUCAUCAGCGCCAACGGGGAAGACAUUCGUGUCAUCUCAACCCAGGAACCUCGGAGUACCCUCAGUGACGUUGAGCCUGAGGUGACGUAUGAGAUUGGUGUACAGGUCGUCGGUGAGGAAGAGGAGUUGACUGGGAUUGGGGGAGCUUCGUAUACCCUAGUCAAAGACACAACACCGCCAACCAUCACCAACUGCCCCGCUCACGUCAACGACUCAGUCCCACUGGGUUCUGCUUCCGGUGGGGUCAAAGUCCUCUGGCUGGAACCGGAAGCAACUGAUGACACUGGUGCUACACCUCUAGGCCAGAUGACUCAUCGUCCAGGGGAGACGUUUCCCAUUGGAGAUACCAGCGUGUCGUAUGUUUUCACGGAUACCUCCGGGAACCAGGGAUUCUGUAACUUUACCGUGACAGUGGAUGAGAUUGAUAUCAAGCCACCAGUGAUCAGCAACUGUCCUGAAAACACCACCCACUACAUUUAUGCCCCAGUCAAUAAACUCUCUGUCAGCUGGGAAGAACCCAUAGCCCUUGAUGAUUCGGGUAGCCCAACCACAAUGAGAAAAACACACAGAUCAGGGUCAAAGUUCAGAUUGGGGUCAACAGUGGUGACCUAUCAGUUUACCGAUACUUCCGGAAAUGCAGCCGCUUGUCAUUUUGCCAUUACAGUAGAGCUGAUUGAUGACAAGACGCCUCCAGUGAUAACAAGAUGUCCCAGCAAAGUCAACGACACGAUUCGGCUCGGUACGCCCGGCGUCCAGCUCAACUUUGAUGUACCCCGAGCCACCGACGAGUCAGGAACGGUGAAGAUGGUCACUGCCUCCCACCUACCGGGAGAAGUCUUCCCUGGGGGUCGUACGCCCGUCACUUAUGUCUUUGAAGAUUUGGCAGGAAACAGGGCCGUCUGUACAUUCUUUGUGACAGUAUACGAGAUCGACAAUGAAGCGCCAGUUAUUCAUCACUGCCCGUCAAACAUUAAUAAGACAACCCCAGUGCACAUGACUUCAGGGGUCACCGUGAAGUGGGCGGAGCCCUACGCAACAGACAACUCUAACUUGUAUAUUACCGUGACGAGGAGCCACAAGCCGAAAACAACUUUCCCUGCGGGAAGGACGACUGUGGUGUACACAUUUACCGACUCAUCAAACAACUCCGUUAUAUGUCAAUUUGAUGUCACUAUUCAAGAGGCCCCGACCACAACUACCCAAAUGCCAAAAACAACACUACCUGUUACCACAACACAACCAAUUACCACAACACAACAAAUUACCGCACCACAAUUUACCACAACACAAAUACCAACCACAACAAUCCGACCCACAACCCCAUCCACAACCCAAACCAUGACAACAACGCAUCUUCAAACCACAAGGGCGCCACCUACAGUCACCACCACCUCAUUGCAUGCCAGUAGUAGUGCUGGACUAGUCUCCACUCCAGUCGUCGAUCAUACAACCAUCCCAUUUGUCGAUACUACGGUAGAACGAGUUACAAUUGCAUAUUUACCAGCAGCAAGAACAGCUGAGAGCUACGGUAUUUGCGACUGCUAUGUUGAGGAAACAACCCUGAAGGUAAUGAGUCAUUGUAUACUGCCCUCAACCUGUGAUGCGGAUAGACUACUUGAUAACCUGACCAAUAUAGCAGUAAACGAGGAUAAUGUUGAGAUCUACUCUGGGGCCUUAAAUGUGAUAUCAACCGGUCACGAUACAAUCACAGCAGAUGGAAUCGAGUCAUACGCUGCGGUAUUGGAACACAUAGCUGUGGUUGGCUCGACAUCUUCCAGCGUCAUCUCCAACAUAAUCGAAUCUACAGACAACAUCUUACAGACACCUACUCAGGAAUUCAAGCUAGCCCAAGACAGUAGCAUGGCCAACACAAGGAUUCUGAACUCCCUCGACUUCCAUCUUCUCUUCGCCCACCGAGGCAACCGUAAUUUCAUCCGCACUGAGGACAACGUGGCCGUGUGGACCGAGUCGGUGCCGCGGAACUCCACCGUGACUUACUCCGUGCGGAAUGGCAGUGCUAGGGUGGAUAUCUCUGAGGAUGAGGUGACGGCUGAUGAGAACUAUGCCGGUAGGAGUGACGAUGUGGAGGCCUCCAUUUCACUUCCGACUGAUGUGUAUUGGUACGACACUUCCUUAGGUAUUCCAUCGUCCUCAUACCCAGCCAUCUUCACCUUCUACAAUAACUCCAAGUUAUUCCAAUCCCUUGAUGAGGAUGAUAUUAAUAGUGGAGUGAUCUCAGCCAGUGUGGCUGGCGUCAAGAGAGACAUUCUCUUCAACAACGGCUCUGCAAGGAUUACACUCAGGCCAUGGCAGGAACACCCUGGGAGGGAGUUGGAGUGCGUGUUUUGGAAUAAAUCACUGCAUGACGGGAACGGGGCAUGGUCCCCAAACGGCUGCCACCUCACUGAGACUCUAGAGUCUGGACACAUUGUCUGCGUCUGCAGUCACCUGACACACUUUGCACUGCGUCUGACUCCCAAGGUGUUCUUGAUUGACAUCAUUGUGUUUGCUGGUUGUGUGUUGUGCAUUGGAAUGAUGACCGCUGCUACAAUGAUCAGUUUGAGCAUCUGGGCCAAGAUCCCACACAGGACCAUCAUCAAUCUAUGCAUCUCACUCCUGUUCCUCAAUGGAUUGUUCCUGGGUGGCAUUGACCAGAUCAAACUGGGUGACGGCGUUGGAUGCACCAUCAUCGCUGCCCUGCUGCAGUACUUCCUCCUGGUCACGCUCAGCUGGACAGCGGUGGAGUCCCUUAACCUGUUCUGGCAGGUAGUGCUGAUACGGAAAGAGUUUCUAAACAGACACAUCGUGAAGGUCACCAUCGGAUGUUGGGGUGUUCCUCUUCUCUUUGUGCUCUAUUCCCGAGUCAUCAUCUUCCUCCUGACUAAUAACUGGACAGAAAACAACACAUUCUGUUUCUUGAGCCAAGGUCUGGCCUUGUAUAUUGGCGUCGUAACACCCAUGGUCUUACUCUUUGUCUUCCAUCUAUACAUCAUCGGAAUGAUGCUACACAAAGAACUGUGUAGUCGCUACGGCUGUAGUGAUCGCAACAUCAUGCAUGCUAUCCGACGCUGUAAGGUCUCACUCCCGCUGAGCAUACUCACCUCGAUCGGGUCGGUCGUCUGUUACUUCAUGCUGACCAAUGUGGAUUCCUACCCGCUACGCUCAGUAUUCAGUAUAUUUGCCCUCGCCGAGGGUGCCCUACUCCUGGCCGGUAUUUAUUGCCUGGGGAAGAAGGAUCUGAUGGAUAAACACUGCUGCUCUUGCUGUCGCUUCACCGUUGGGAAGACGUCAACGUACCACGUCCAUAGGAAGAUGGUCGGCAAGAAACUGUACCGGAAUAAUGGCGAACAGAAGGCCAAGCAGGUCCCUACGCGCGCCACUCGCUUUACCCGCGUCGGGACAUUUCGCACGCCUUAUUCCUGGAAAGCUGAAGAUAUAUAAUACAAAUGACUUUACUAGGGAGUGUGAUUUCAAUGUUAACUGUGCCAAAUUAUUGACAUCAGAUUAAAAGUGUAUUACCUUUUUAGAUUGUAAAUUGUAAACAUUUUCAAUCUACACUUGUUCUUGUUGUUUAUAUAUUAUACAUGUAUAUAUCUAUUUAAAUGAUUUUGUUUAAAAAAUGUUACCCUUCCACUUUGCCAAAUAUACUUGUCAAGCUAGACUUUAAAAUUAGCAGAAAGUGAACGUCAUGUGAUUAUUUUUUUAAUUUUCAGUUUAUGUUUCUAGAUGAAUGCGAGCCGCAUGUUCAGCUAUUGGGUAGGCAGUAUUUCCAUUCAUUACACCCAGUGUUUCUUUGUUCAUGUUAAAACGCAUCAAUAUGCACCCGCAACCAUAUCCCAUUAUGCACAAGCACCAUGUUGAAACUUACCAUUAAAAUGAUCUUUGGAAAACGAGUACAGUUAAAACAAAAACCAAUAUUGAAGUAGACCUAUCAUUAGCUGAGAGUUUGGCAUUUACGUUCCCAUUAUUUGACAUAUUUAUGCGGUCUAUGCAAGGUUUCUAUUCAGAAGACUGCAUCACAGUUUGCACAUAACAUGCGCAUCAUUGGUGUAGGCGCUUAUCCUGUCCGUCAUUUUGGGAGUCACAAAAUACCUGAAUUGACUCGCAGUUGGCAGAAAUGGUGAAUGUGCAUUGUGGGUUGAUAUUGAUCAAUUUAUAACAACGAAAACAUACAAAUUUUGAAAUUGGAUCUAGUCCUAUUUUGUUGUUUUUACUUUGUUCGUUCAUUUUGAAAACAAAUGUGUUAGUUGCUAAUCAGGAAUGGAACAAAUUGACAAACUGUCUUCAUCUGAAAAAAUGUAAAAACAUUAUUUGAUCAUUAGGUGAUAUUUUCACCAGCACUUUAAUCCUGUUGCUUUUUUGUCAUUAACAUUUCCUCAGUUCAAAGAACUGCUUUAACUAGCCUUGUCCAUGAAAUAAUAAUAAUAAACCGUAUUUAUUUAGCGCAUAUCACUAAAACAAAGUCCCUAUGCGCUUUAAGGAAAACAAAAUAAAGCAAGAAUGAACCAUCAAAGAAAGUUACUGAAAAGCGUGUAAAGUGCACCACUACUGUUGGCAAGCAUGGGUGAACAUCGCGCCUUUUUGUAUGUGUUGAGGCUCGGGUGACAUGACCCUAGCAAGGUUGUGCGUCUGUCUAAAUGCACAACCAAAUCUUGUAUGCAUACGAGAGUGUAAUACACAUUUCCUGGGAAGAGCUAAUUGACAACCUAUACAAAUGUUCAUCACAGUGUUUUACAUAAUAUUUUGCAGAGUUGCUGUUGUGUUUUAUUUCGGUUGGCAUUGAGUCACAGUUGACUUUUGGUUGUUGUUUAUUUUUUUUUUUUGAAAACGAAGUUUUCCUAGCAAUUAAGUAUUUGUUUGUUUUGUGUUUUUCGCUCAAUAAUUUAGGAACUUUUUCAUAUACGUAUUUGGUUUGCGGUAACACCAUAUACACACUGUGUAUCUACUUGCCAGGUAGAGUUUGUUAGAGAACUGUCUUUCUUUAUUCUACUACCCCGGAGUAGAUUUAUCGAACUUGUUCUUGUUUUGUCAAUGGUGUUCCGUAAAUGUGGAAAAUGUGAAACUUUCACCUGGUGCUACCCAAAGCCUUUCAAGUUUUGGCCUAAUGUAGUAAAUUUGAGUAGUAGAAUUGAGUCUAUGGAUGCUAGUGUUAGUGCUCAUUAAUACAUACCAACAAACUGAAAAGUAGUAGAGUAUAGAGGGCAGUAUAUUCUGGUCCAAUCUAAUCACUCUUAAAUAAAUUUAGGACAAUAAAAUGUCACAAAAUUAUUAAUUAUGUAGUACUUGGAAAAGCCUUUUUACUCCUCUAGUUUUUAAACAAAUUAAACCGACCAAUUAACCUGUGAAAGUAUCAUCAAAAUAAUCAAUGUCCUUGUUUUAUAAGAAACGGAUGACCAAAAUCGUUAUUUUUGUCAGCAAAUGUGUGCACUUCUCCUCCCACAAUCAAUACAAAGUUGGUUGGCAGACUUUUCUUUCAUACUCAUGACCCAUUAAAGAAAAAGACGAGAAUAAAACAUCAUUUUCAUUUGACAACUAACACCUGUUAUCUUCAUGUAGUUCCUUUUCCAAACGGUGCACUUAAUUGGAAUCAUGCACAGUGACCAGUAGGGCUGUUGACUGCCCAGGCAGCAGGUAAGCUGCUUAUCCAAGUCAUCACCCACUGGUGCAAAUGGUGUAUACUUUCUGAGUUGUUUUGCCCCAAAACAUAAAAACACACAGAAAGCAGUUGGUUUGAUAGUUACCGCAAAACAAACACACAGUGCGACUGAACGUUUAACCAAUCAUGCUUGUUCAUGGGCAAUUUAUGUCACUUGCACCCCACGUGACCAGUCGUCGACCAGUCAUAGUGCAAACUAUCCGAUGUGUUUCUUUGAAUGACCGCUUAUAACGAAAAUCAAUGACAAAUCGUAAGACAGUGGAAAUACUACAUAAACAGGGCAAAUUCAAAUAAAAACUUCAGGAAAUACUGCACAGCACAUUUCUGUACCUGAUAAUAUAUAAAAUCUUUGGGGAACAAA